AUGCCACUUCCCAGCCAGAUCAUAGUCUUCGGGGGGCUCGAUUACGACUACAAGCAGAGCCUCCGACUCCUCGCAACCGAGACAGACAAUGUAGUCCUCAAGUCGUUCUUCGACAGAGCCGCCGUUGCCCUGGCCGAGGAGGUUCGCGCACUUCCCUGCAGCCACCGCAGCCGCGGUAUCCCAACCGGCAAGUCGAUCCUGGAGUUAAUCUCGAAGGAGGGAGGCAGUCACCAGGCGCUGGAGAUGGCGCUGACCUGCAUUUACCAGUUUGCUUCUUUCAUCAGACACUUCAGCACCACGGAGCAGCCCUACCCAACUGGAGAGUCGACGCACAUCAUCGGCAUCUGCAGCGGACUCUUGACGGGGGCCGCGAUCAGCUGCAGCGCCUCGGUCUACCAGUUGGUUGCUCUUGCCGUCCGCACGAUCGUGGUUGCCUUUCGGGUCGGCCUCGUGGCGGAGGAGAUGCGCCGAGGGCUCGCUCUGUCAGAGGACGACUCGGCGACUUGGUCGGUCAUGGUCCCCGGGUUUAGCCGUGAUGCUGCGAUUGAAACUCUCUCUCGAUACAAUGAGGAUAUCAACAUCCCAUCUGUCUCGCAGGUGUAUGUCAGUGCAAGCACUCCAUCUGGCGUGAUCCUCAGCGGUCCUCCCCCAGCAAUGGAGGCGCUACUCGCGGCGCCGUGCAUGGCCGGCCGCAGUUACCGCAGGACCAGAAUCACUGCGCUGUAUCAUGCACCGCACAUCUACGACGUGCCGAAUGUAGACCGCGUCUUGGACGGCGCAUUUCCCGUAGAUAUUGCCAGUCAACUCAGCCGACUAGGAAUGGACACGGGGGCUCAAUAUCAUGGUCCGGGUAAGAAGGAUCUGUCUGGCCUUUUUCGGAGCGCCGUCUCCGGUAUACUGCUGGAGCCGGUCCGCAUUGACGCGAUCCUUGAGCGUAUCACUCGCGAUAUUCCUAGCCCAGCCGAUGGACCGAUGAGAGUCAUACCCAUCGGGACAAUCUCGGGCAGCGGCAUUGCAAACGCCAUGGCCAAAACCGCACGGUGCCAGGUCCAGGUGGACACUUCCAUCCAGGACCCGUCUGCCUCGGCUCAGAGUCUGCCCUCGCCACCUGGAGGCUCUGGCAAACCGAAGCUCGCCAUUAUCGCCUACUCCGGACGCUACGCUGAUGCCAACAGCGACGAGGACUUCUGGUCCUUGCUUUACGAAGGCCGCGAUGUGGCCCGCACCGUCCCCCUUCAACGAUGGGAUGUAAAAACCCACGUGGACCCAACGUUGAAAAGGAAGAAUACCAGCGCAUCACCCUAUGGAUGCUGGCUCCGAGAUGCGGACCUGUUCGACGCCCCCUUCUUUGGGAUGAGUCCGCGCGAGGCGCCCCAGGUCGACCCGGCGCAACGGCUCGCGCUCCUGACCACAUACGAGGCAAUGGAGAAUGCAGGCAUGGUGCCUGACGCGACCCCGUCCACGCAGCGAAGCAGGGUCGGCGUCUUCUUUGGAAUAACAAGCAACGACUGGAGCGAGACAAAUGCCUCGCAGGAUGUCGACACCUACUACAUCCCCGGCUGCUGUCGCGCGUUUGUCCCUGGGCGGCAGAACUACUUCCAUAAAUUCAGCGGGCCAAGCUACUGCGUUGACACGGCUUGUUCGUCGAGCCUUGCGGCCAUGCAUCUUGCUUGCAACGCGCUCUGGCAAGGGGACAUUGAUACGGCCAUCUGCGGCGGGACCAACGUCCUUACGAACCCGGAUAUCACCGCGGGAUUGGACCGGGGGUUCUUCCUCUCGCGGACAGGAAACUGCAAGACCUUUGAUGAGGAGGCCGAUGGAUAUUGCCGUGGCGAAGGCGUUGUGACCAUGAUUAUCAAGCGGCUGGAGGACGCCAUCGCAGACAAUGACCCCAUCCAGGGCAUCCUACUCGGGGCGUACACCAACCACUCUGCCGAGGCCGAAAGCAUCACACGCCCGCAUGUCGGCGCGCAGAGGGCUAUUUUCAAGCGCGUCCUGGCGUCGUCAGCCGUCGAUCCCCAGACGGUCAGUUACAUUGAAAUGCACGGCACGGGCACCCAGGCCGGCGAUGCGCGCGAGAUGGAUUCGGUCCUCUCGACCUUUGCGCCGUGUGUGCCGCCGCUCCCAGACUCGCGUCAGAGCCCGCUGUACAUCGGCUCAGUCAAGGCAAAUGUCGGACACGGUGAAAGUGUCUCGGGAGUCACGGCCCUGGCCAAAGUUCUCAUGAUGAUGGAGAAAGACACCAUUCCGCCGCACUGCGGGAUCAAGACGAAGCUCAACUCCAAGUUUCCCUCGGAUCUGCACGACCGUAAGGUCCGGAUUGCGCUGGAGCCGACGCCGUGGCCUCGCGAGAAGGGGAGGCCUCGACGGGCGUUCAUCAACAAUUUCUCGGCGGCGGGAGGCAACAGUUCGGUGCUGGUCGAGGAGGCCCCGGAUCGAGGGGGCAAACAUGGAGGUGAGCAGGCUGUAGAUCCUCGCUCGACACACGUCGUUGCUGUCUCGGCCAAAACAGUCACCGCACUGCUGGCAAACGUCAAAGACAUGGUUGCGUUCCUGGAGGAAGGGACUGCCGACCUUGCCAGUGUGUCCUACACCACCACAGCGCGGCGGACACACCACCGCUACCGUCUCAUGGCGCACGGCUCGACGCGCGAGGAGGUCUCGACAGAGCUCAACAACAUGCUCACGGUCGCCUCUUCGACCGGCAUCAAACCUCGCUUUGCAGGUCAAGCGGCAUUUACAUUCACGGGCCAGGGCGCACAAUACCCCGGCAUGGCGCGCGAUCUCCUCCACUUCACCAGUUUUGAGGCAGACCUCCGUCGUCUCGACUCGCUGGCACUGAAGCAGGGCUUCCCGUCAAUCAUGCCGCUCAUCCAGUCCGAUAUUGGCCUGGCGACGAUCACCGAGUUCGAGCCCCUAGUCGUGCAAUUGACGUCUGUCUGCGUGCAAGUGGCUAUGGCGAGACUAUGGCGGUCUUGGGGUGUUAGACCAGCGCUUCUCAUCGGGCAUAGUCUGGGCGAGUACGCCGCGUUGAAUGCCGCGGGGGUGAUCUCGGACGCCGAUACAAUCUACUUGGUUGGAAGAAGGGCACAGAUUAUGGAGGAGCAUUGUAUGAAGGGGUCGCAUAGCAUGUUGGUUGUUGGAGCGCCGCUGGAUGUGGUCGGGCCAUGUGCGGCUUGGCUGGACGUCGGGGUGGCGUGUCGCAAUGCGCCGGCGGAGACUGUUUUCAGCGGGCCAGACGACGCCAUCAACCGGCUGGAGAAGGCUUGCCGUGAUGCUGGUGUCCGAAAGGUGAAGAAGUUGGGUGUGCCGUACGCGUUCCACUCCUCGCAGAUGGACUGCAUCCUGGAUGAUCUGCAGACCGCUGCGGAGAGGGUCACGUACCAUCCCCCGCAUACCCCGGUGCUCAGUCCGCUACUGUGCGAAGUCGUGACGAGCGCCGGGGUGUUCAGCGCAGAGUAUCUGGUGCGGCAGUGCCGGUCUACCGUCAACUUUGCUGGAGCUCUGGAGACGGCCAGGGCGCGCAAUCUGGUCAAACACAGCACGGCAUGGAUUGAGAUCGGGCCUCAUCCAGUGACGAUUGGCCUGAUUAAGGCAAAUCUGGAGUCUGUUAUUGCCGUGCCCACCCUCCACCAGAGGCAGGAUACCUGGAAGGUCCUAUGCAGCAGCCUGCGAGCCCUCUAUGAGGCCGGCCACGCUAUCGAUUGGAAGGAAUACCACCGCAGUUUUGAGAAGGGACUUCGUGUUGUCCGUCUUCCGGCGUAUAACUGGGAUCUGAAGAGCUAUUGGCUGCCCUAUGCCAACGACUGGGCGCUGUAUAAGGGAGAUGCCCAGUUCCUAAAGGAGAGAGAGCACAACGACCAGCCAUCGACGACAUGCGUGCACCGAAUCGUCGAGCAGACGACCGCCGAGGAUAAUGUUACGCUCGUCGCCGAGUGUGAUCUUCAGCGGCCUGACGUCAAGGCUGUGUCGCAAGGCCAUCGACUCAACGGCGUCCCGCUGUGUACGCCGUCCAUCUACGCGGAGAUUGCGUUCGUUUUGGGAGGCUACCUAAACCGGCGGUGGAUGGACGACGAGCGCUUGGUCGAGGUCCGGGAUAUGGAUGUGCAGCGGCCGCUGGUCCUGCAACUCCAGUCCGAAGGUCCACAGCUGUUGCGAUGCCGUAUGACUCUACAUACAGACACGGGCGAGGCAGACGCAGAAUUCUAUAGCGUGACCCCAGAGGGACAAUCGCAGGAGCAGCAUGCCGAGUGCUCCGUGGCAUUUCCACUCGCUAGCGACGCCGUGCAAGAGGCAAAAGACUUCGGUGGCCCUAUGCUUGAGAAUAUCGCGAAUCUGCGGGAACGAUCCAACAGCAGUAGCUGCGUACAGAAGCUGUUUGGAAGUACGGCCUAUCGGCUUGUUUCUUCACUUGCAACGUACAACAAAGAAUACAUGGGCGUUGCGGAGAUCAUCAUGGACAGCGACACCUACACGGCAGCAAUCAAGGUUCAGUGCUGCCCAGAGGCAAACGAAGGGGUCUAUGAUGUGAACCCGUUCCUCAUCGACAGCUGUGGACAGCCGGCCAUGUUUGUGAUGAACGGCCAUGAGCAUGCUGACUUGGAGAAGGAGGUCUGCGUCAAUCAUGGCUGGAGCUCGAUGCUGUUCCACCGCAGCCUCGAUGCGAGCAAGGCUUAUGAGGUUUAUGUGGAUAUGUCGGAGGCUUUGCCCGAGGGGAUCCAGACCGGCAAUGUGUUCGUCUUUGAUGGAGAGGAGAUCGUUGCUUUGAUUCGUGGUAUCAAGGCGCAAAGGGUUCCCCGGCGGUUGCUGAACUAUAUCAUCCACAUGCGAGGGGAUGCGAAGGAGGCCCAUGUGAGUUCAUCGGCUGAUGUAUUGGUCAAUGGAGGGCAUGCUGCACCUGCAACUGUGGGAAGUUCUGUCCCUUCACUUCCCAACGGAGGACUGCAAAACGCUACAGCCGGUCCCACCUGGAACGCAGCUCUGACCAUCAUCAUGGAGGAGAGUGGGUGCUCGAUGUCCGACCUGGCAGACGAUACGUGUUUCGCCGACCUCGGGGUCGACUCGAUGCUCUCCCUGCUCUGCGCCAGCCGGUUCCGCGAGGAGCUCGGGGUGAGGCAUGAGGCUAUUAUCUUCGACGAGCACCCAACCGUCAAGGAGCUGCGGCGGUUCUGGGAGGGACAAUUCGGACCCGUCCAGCACGAGGAGGGCAACAGUGUAAGUCCUCCAAGAUCCGGCACAGCCUCCAGUACACCCCCGAGCACAAACGGGACACCCAGCACACCCCAAAACACGGUGCAAGCAAACGGCAGUCCACCUGACGACUACAAUAUCACGCUUAACGGACAAAUCUCUCCACCCGCAACAUCUCUCCUCCUCCAAGGAACACCCACCUCGCCAGCAACGCGCAAGACCCUCUUCCUGCUCCCCGACGGCUCCGGCUCGGCCUCCGCGUACCGCCACAUCCCCUUCAUCUCCGACUCCCUCGCCAUCGUCGGCGUCAACUGUCCGUACCAGAAACAGCCGGCUAGUUACACCGGCGGGGUUGAAAACGUCUCGCACGCCUACGUCCGCGAGAUCCGCCACCGACAGCCCCGCGGCCCAUACAUCCUCGGCGGGUGGUCGGUGGGCGGGAUAUUCACGUACCGGGUCGCGCAGAUUCUCGCCGAGCAGGGCGAGAAGGUCUCGGAUCUGGUCCUGAUCGAUUGCCCCGUCCCUCGCGGGCUGGACUAUCUUCCGAAGCGGUACUUUGAGUACUGUGACCGGAUCGGGUUGUUUGGGACGGUGCACGUUCAGCAUAUCAAUGGUACCGGUAAUCUGAAGGACGACAACCUUAAGAAGAGAAAGAUCCCUCCACCGAGCUGGCUAAUCCCACACUUCGAGGCCUGCAUCGAGAACCUGCAUGAGUACUUCGCUGAGCCUUGGCAAUCGCAGCCGCAAGGUAUACCCACCCCAACAACGCACAUCAUCUGGGCCAGCGAGCCCAUCGACUACGCCGUCACCGAGAAAUUCGAGCAUCGGCCCGACGACCCCGACGGCCUGGCCUUCCUCACCCGCGCCCGAAGGGAUUUCGGGCCCUGCGGGUGGGAGAGUCUCCUACCGGAGGAGGAAAUGCGGUUCUGGUGCGUAAGGGGGGCGUCGCAUUUUAGUAUGAUGCGAGGGGAGGAUGCUAGGGUUCUAGCUGGCAUUAUUGGGGAGGCGUUGGGGUGUCGGUAG